AUGGCAGACACGGUUGCAUCUCCUCUUCUCCAGCUUCUGUCUGACAGGCUAUACACGCUGGCGGGACUUCCCAACAGUGAGAUUUUAAGAAAGCUGCGCCUCACUUUGGCACGGGUUCAAACAUUGGUCCAGGAAGCAGAGAUGCAUUCCGAGGAUAAUGAAGCACUCAAGUGCUGGAUAACUGAAAUCAAGAACGCCGCAUAUGAAGCUGAUGACCUUUUCGAUGAAUACGAUCUUUGGACGAAAAGGCACAAGGCUCGUGGUACUUUCUUGCUUUCGUUCUUCAUCAAGCAUCUCAUAUUUGGCAUCAGGCUAGGCGGCAAGCUGGAAAAGAUAGAAAAAAAUCUGGAUUCACUUCUGAAGAGGAGUGCGGAGUUCAAAAGGAUCAUUGAUGCUUGCACUCCAAAAGGACCAGUGGAAGAAAGUCAUUCCGCUCAUGCUCAAGGUGUUCACCGCGUCUCAAGUUCGUUCAUGAUUGAUUCUGAUGUCGUUGGAAGGGAAUUCGACAAAGAAAACAUCUUGUCCGUCCUGUUCAAGCCUAGUUAUGAGAAUCAACUCACAGUGAUUCCUAUAGUCGGCAUGGGGGGAGUUGGUAAGACGACUCUUGCACAGCUAAUAUACAACGAUUUUAGAGCAUCAGAUCACUUUGACCGCAAAAUGUGGGUCUCAGUUGGUGAGGAUUUCGACCUCAUAAAAAUUGCCAAGGCUAUAAUUGAACAGAUAAAUCAUGAGGCCAAAAAUCUUUCCAACUUGGAGGUUCUACAAGAGACCCUUCGUCAUAGCAUAUCAGGAAAAAGAAUCCUGCUUGUCUUGGAUGAUGUUUGGAAUGAAGAUAGCUUGAAAUGGUCCAUGAUGUCUCGGGGAUUUCUUGGAGCAGCACAUCUUGAAUCAGCAGUCGUAAUCACCACAAGAAAUACCAUGGUUGCAAGACUCAGUGGCACGGUCCUGCCUUACUACCUAGGACCUCUGGAUGAAGAAGAUUCCUGGAGUCUUUUCAGGAAGUUUGCAUUUAAAUCCAUUCACAAUAGAGAAAAUAUUGAAUUGGAAGAGAUUGGACGAAGAAUUGUUCAAAGAUGUGGAGGAUUGCCUCUUGCAAUCAAGAGCUUGGCCGGUCUAAUGGGAUCCAAAGAGAAAGCUCGUGAGUGGCUUUUCUUCAUGGAAGAAAACAGGGGGAAUUUACCUGAAUUGGAGAAUCAUUUUUUCUCUGUUUUAAGGCUGAGCUAUAAUCAUCUACCGUCACAUCUGAAGCAAUGUUUUGCUUAUUGUUCCAUAUUUCCAAAAAAUCAUAAGAUCUAUAGAGAGAAGCUGAUCCAGUUGUGGAUUGCUGAAGGUUUUGUCAGAUCAGGAAAGGGAAGCAGAAGGCCAGAGGAUGCUGCAAACGGGUACUUCAUGGAGUUAAUAGAGCGAUCAUUUUUUGUACAGAUAACCAGAGAUGAAUUUGGGGAAAUCCGAGAUUGCAGAAUGCAUGAUCUAGUGCAUGAUCUUGCCCAGUCCGUUGCCAGCGUUGGGUGCUCAAUUUUAGAAACUGGAAAUUCGCAGGUUGUGUCCAAAGAACUUCGACAUUCCUCUUUAGUUGGAAAAUCUAAAACAUCAACUGUCCUUGAAUCACUGAAUGAAGCCACCAACCUACGGACACUGCUUUUAUUAUCUUGUAAGUUGGACUCUAAUCCUCAACUGCUCCAAAACCUUGUCUGCUUAAGAGUGUUGGAUUUAAGUGAGAGUGGCAUUCGAAAACUGUCAAAAGCCAUCGGUAAUUUGAAGCAUCUUAGGUACCUGAAUCUUUCUCACACUCACAUCAAAACAUUGCCAGAGUCGAUCAGUAACCUAAGGAACUUGCAGACACUGGAAUUAGUAGAGUGCUAUGAUUUCCAAGAACUACCAAGAGCUAUUUGUGAGUUAACAAACCUCAGGAAUCUUGAUUUCCAAUCCUGUCCUUUGUUAAUCCAUAUCCCUCGGGGGAUAGGGAAACUCGAGUUUCUGCAAAGGUUACCCGUAUUUCUAGUGAAUAACAUGGAUGGCUCCGCUGGCCUGUGUGAGUUGCGGAGCUUGGAACUAAGAGAAAGAUUAGAGAUCAAGAAUCUCAAGUUUGUUAAAUGUGCAGAAGAUGCUUCUGAAGCAAAACUCCACGAGAAGGCUGGCAUUAUCUCCUUGGCAUUAUCAUGGGGUGAAGACACAGAUUCUGUCACUUCAGUUUUGGAUGACAUAUUGGAGAAACUCAGGCCAACCCCUCACUUGAAAGUUUUGGAAAUAACAGGAUACAAAGGGUUGACAUCCCCAUCUUGGCUGAGGAACCAAUACUUGCCUAAUUUGGUGAAACUUUCGCUGGCUAAUUGUAGUUGCAGAAAGCUUCCACCCCUUGGAGAUCUCCCAUACCUAAACGAUCUAAGCAUCAGAGUGUUGAAUUCAAAGCCAAGCCUCAAUUGAUGACUUUUUCAAGCCAAAAUUGAGGACUUUGAAUUCUUUGGCCUAAGUUUCUAAAUCCCACAUCGGUUAAGUUUAACAUUUGAGAGGUUGUUUGAGAACUAUAAAUAGCUCUCAAACAAACCAAUUCAAGUACACCAAGCAAGAGCCAAUAACUUGCUUUCUUCUCUCUCUUUGUAAUAUUUCUUCUAGUGAAAUAUUAAAUUGUCGGUAGUGUCCGAGGACGUAGGCAAAUUAGCCGAACCUCGUUAAA